GACACGAAGCUAUCUGGUGGCGUCGAUGUUUCGCUAAAGACACCUUUAUCGCUGAAUAUUUCGGACUGCGAAGCUUUAGCAGUUUUGGAGGAAGGCCGAUAAAGAAACCGAACAGUCAUAACAACGUUGUUAAAGAUCUAGCUGAUGUCACAGCCCUGUUAGCUGCACGUGGAGUGAGGAGUCUCAGUUAACGUUGUCUCCGGCGGUAACGACGGCAGAAGACUUAUGCAGUCCUGCUAGCAGGGCAAGAUGUUCAACAAGUCAUUUGGUACUCCCUUUGGUGGAGGGACGGGGGGAUUUGGCAACGCAUCGACCUUUGGACAGCAAAAUACGGGCUUUGGGACGACGGGGGGCUUUGGGACAUCUGCAUUUGGGACGACCAGCAACACUGGAGGACUGUUUGGCUCCACACAGAAUAAACCUGGCGGUCUGUUCGGGUCCAGUACGUUCAGCCAGCCGCCGACUUCCUCCACCAGCACCGGCUUUGGUUUUGGUGCAGCGAGUGGCACCUCCACCAGCUUGUUUGGCAACACUGGAACAGGCACCAGCGGCGGGCUCUUCUCCCAGCAGAACAAUGCUUUCGGUGCCAACAAACCCACAUCUUUUGGAAGCUUCGGGACGAGCACCAGCAGUGGCGGCGGCUUGUUUGGUUCCACCAACACUGCCUCCAACCCCUUCGGUGGAACAAACUCCCUGUUUGGAGGCUCAGGGUUCUCUGCCACACAGCAGCCAGGAACAACCGUAAAAUUCAACCCUCCCACAGGAAGUGACACAAUGGUGAAAGCUGGUGUGACCACUAGCAUCAACACCAAGCACCAGUGCAUCACAGCCAUGAAGGAGUAUGAGAACAAAUCUCUGGAGGAGCUGAGGUUGGAGGACUACCAAGCCGGCAGGAAGGGCCCGACCAACCAGAUGGCUGCAGGGACAGGCAGUCUGUUUGGUUCAGCCACAGCCACAUCCAGUGCCGCCACCGGUCUGUUUGGCUCCACAGCCCCCAACACCAGCUUCUCCUUCGGACAGAACAAGAGCACUUUCGGAGCUCCAGCGACUGGCGGUUUUGGUGCUACCACAGGUGGUCUUUUCGGCCAGCCGACCCAGCAACAAGCCGGCAGCCUCUUCAAGCCGUUCGGUCAAACCACCACCACACAGAACACUGGCUUCUCCUUUGGGAACACCAACACUAUGGGACAGGCCAACACCAGCACCAUGGGUUUGUUUGGGAACACAGCAGCUUCUCAGUCGGGCGGGUUAUUUGGCGCCGCCCAGACCAGCACCGCCACUGGGUUUGGAACGGGCACUGGGCUGUUUGGGCAACCCAACACUGGAUUUGGAAAUGUUGGAACACAGCAGAGUUUAUUCGGAAAUAAGACGGCGGGGUUCGGCACCACCACCACCAGCGCCCCGUCCUUCGGCACCGGCACCGGGCUCUUUGGCAACAAGCCUGCCCUCACACUGGGAACUGGAACCAACACCUCCACCUUCGGUUUUGGUGCGAACCCCGCUGCAGGGAGUCUGUUCGGGAACAAGCCGGCCACUGGAGGUCUGGGGACCGGACUGGGAACCAGCUUUGGAACAGCAGUGGGCACAGGCCAGCCGUCUCUGUUUGGCAAUAACCAGAACAAACUGGGCACCACACUGGGAACGAUGGGAACAUUCGGAGCGACUGGAUUCAACAGUGGAACCAGCACCCUGGGCUUUGGAGCUCCACAACAACCCGUCGCACUCACUGAUCCGAGCGCAGCGGCCGCCCAGCAGGCCAUGCUUCAGCAGCAGCUCAGUGUUCUGGCGUAUUCACCGUACGGUGACUCACCACUGUUCAGAAACCCGCUGUCAGACCCCAAGAAGAAAGAGGAGCGUCUGAAACCAACCAAUCCGACGGCACAGAAGGCUCUGACCACGCCCACCCACUACAAGCUGACCCCUCGACCUGCAACCAGGGUCCGCCCCAAAGCGCUGACAUCAUCUGGCUCGUCCAAGUCGCAGCUCUUUGAUGGCCUGGAUGAUGACGAGCCCUCGCUCACCAGUGGAGCCUUCAUACCCAGGAAGAGCAUAAAGAAACUUGUGCUGAAGAACCUGAACAGCAGUCAGUACAGCAGUCAGACGGAGGCGGAGCCAGAUGACCUUGCUUCACCCUCAGAGUAUCCACAGAACGGACACAGCCUUAUGGAGGAGGAGGAGGAGCUCAGGGAGCUGGCAGGCCCUAGCAGCCGGGCGGACGAAGACCCCGAGGUCACCCAGUUCUACGUCAAUCCCAUCGCCAAGCCCAUCCCGCAGGGCCGCACCCAGACCAGCCUGCAAGACACCAUCAGUGACCUCAACAUGCACAAACCAGCCAGGAACGGCCUGGAGCUGAGCAGCGAUGACGUGUCGGCAUCUCUGGGGGAGGAGUCUCUGCAGGAGGAGAGAGAGGAGGAGCAGCAGGAGGCUCAACAGUCUCCUCACCCAGCGGGUAUCGUCCUGAACCGUGUUGGUUAUUACACCAUCCCCUCUAUGGAGGAUCUGGCUGAGAUGGUGGAUGAAAACGGAGAGUGUGUGGUGGAAAACUUCACCGUCGGCAGGAAAGGCUACGGCUCCAUCUUCUUCCCCGGCGAGGUGAAUGUGACGGGGUUGAACCUCGACGAGAUUGUCCACUUCAGACGCAAGGAGGUCAUCGUGUACCCCGAUGACAAAAACAAGCCGCCAGAGGGGGAGGGGCUUAACAGACGGGCCGAGGUGACCUUGGAUGGCGUUUGGCCAAAUGACAAAACAUCCUGCACUCAGAUCAGGAGCCCCGAGCGUCUGACCGACAUGAACUACGAGGGUCGGCUGGAGAAAGCCUCUCGUAAACAGGGAGCCCGUUUCCUGGAGUACAGACCCGAGACGGGAUCCUGGGUGUUCGAGGUGGCCCAUUUCUCCAAAUAUGGCCUCCAGGACUCUGACGAGGAGGAGGACGUCCCGCCUAAAGCCGACCCCAAGAAGCUGAAGACGAUGAUGUCACUUCCUCCACCCAGGAUGCAGCAGCAACUUCCCCCCUCCCAGCAGCAGGUGGCGCCACAGGCUCAGUCCACCAUCGCCGUGGAUCUUCCCAGCGGCGUGGCGGAGCUGGACAGCGACAUGGCCGACAUUACCCAGAGCUUCCCGGCAGAGAGCAUGCUGGGAGGAGAGGAGGACGGUGACCUGCUGGGGGCGGAGAUGGACACGACGGGUGGGAAGCACGGAGGUCUGAUGUCUGCAGACCACGACGGCAUCUCUGUGUCCAACCACAUAGCGUCAACACUGGGGAUCAACCCGCACACCCUCCAGAUCAUGAAGGCGUCUCUGUUUGCUGAGGAUGAAGAGGAAAGCGACAUGUUCCAGGAUCAGGGAGCGAUGAAGGUCUCCACUGACGUCUCGUCUCCUCGCCUCAUCCUGCCGGGAGCUCAGACUCGACCGUCCGUGGGUGGUCUCCUUCAGGCUCGUUUCACCUCUGGCCUCCUCCCUCAGCUCUCAGACUCUCCCCGCCCUUCCUUCCCUCCUCCCCUGUCACGAGCGUCUCCAGCGUUGGUCGAAUCCCCCCGGUCAUUACACUGGGCGGGAUCAGGCCCCUCCUCCUUCCUGCUGCCCCCUCGGACUCAGGAGCCUUCGGUCAGGACGGUUGGCGUCCGACGGUUGGGCGGCCCCGUCCCAAUCAAAGAGUCGGUCACUCUGGGGAAGGGAGGUUUGUUGAUGGACGCCGGGCUGUUUGUGGGUCGGUCCUUUCGGGUCGGGUGGGGUCCCGGCUGGACGCUGGCGCACUGCGGCCAGCGGCUGAGUUCACUCCCCUCCAAACAGCUGGAUCACCAAGAACUGAGCAAGACGGACUUCAGCUUCCUGCCGAAAUCUGCCAGGAACAAACCGCUGAAAGAAAGCCCCUAUAAGGUGGUGUUGGAGCAGCUGGUGGGUCUGGAGCCUCCAGCCGUGAAGACGAUUGAGGAAGAGGAGGAUGAAGAGAGCCAGGCGGUGCUGCAGCGCCCCCUGGAGAUCUGCCUGGAGCACAGCACCAUCAGCACCACGGAUGCCUCGGCCUGCCCGCUGGUCCAGCCGCAGCUUGGCGUGGCGGCGCUGCACAAAUACGCCAAGUGGAUCACCGAGCUGAACGACAAGCAGGGCGACGCAGACCUCCUCCUGGGGUACUGGGCUGAGGUCUGGACCCUGUGUGAGGCCCUGUGGGGUCGGUUGGGCCCCGCAGACCAGGAGCCAGACAUCGAGACUCCCAGCGACUAUGAGCAGCAGCUGGAGAGGCGGCGGACCUUCUCGGCCUGGCUGUCGCGCGGCGCCACCUGCAGGGUGGAGGACGAGGUGGCUCUGGCGGGGAAGGGUCGCCACACAGAGGCGAUCUUCAGCUACCUGACAGGAAACCGCAUCAGUGAGGCGUGUCGACUCGCACAGAAGGAAGGAGACCACCGUCUGUCCCUGCUGCUGUCUCAGGCCAUGGGCUCUCAGUACUGCCGGGACCUGCUGGCCCUGCAGCUCGCCGACUGGAACCGCAUGCAGACCGACUGCUACCUGCCGGAGGAACGACUGCGCAUCUUCACGCUGCUCGCCGGGAAACCUGUGUGGCAGUCGUCCGACUCUGUGGUGAACGUGUGCUCUCAGUUGGACUGGAAACGCUGCGUGGCCGUUCACCUCUGGUUCAUGUUGCCUCCGACCGCCUCCGUGGCCGACGCCCUCGACAGAUACGAAGCCGCUUUCCAGGGCUCAUGUGAGGGGGGGAAGUACGCCUGUGCCCCCAUGCCUCCGUACCUGGAGGCGGAGCAGCCGGACAUGGACGAGGAGGAGGAGGAAGAGUCUAAACGGCCGCUGUACGACCUGUGCUUCCACCUGCUCAAACUCUACAGUGACAGACACUACAGCUUGCAGCAGCUGUUGGACCCUCUGACGAUCACCUGGGAGCGUCUGGACUACCGUCUGAGCUGGCACCUGUGGGGCGUCCUGCAGGCGCUGCACUACAGCCACCUGAGCACCUCGCGGCAGGGACUCCUCCACGCCAGCUACGCCGCACAGCUGGAGAGCGCCGGCCUCUGGCACAUGGCCGUCUUCAUCCUACUGCACAUCCCCGACCACAUUCAGCGGGAGCGAGCAGUGAGGGAGAUGUUGACCCUCCACUGCCCCCUGCAGGAGACGGACGAGUCCGUCCGGAGGGAGCGCUUCCUGACCGAGAGGCUGCUGAUCCCGGAGCAGUGGAUCCACGAGGCCAAGGCCACCCGAGCCCGACGAGACGCCGACAGACACCAGGAGGCCCUGCACCUGUACCGGGCCGGAUACUGGAGCCAGUGUCACCGGCUGCUGAUCCAACAUCUGGCCUCAGAAUGCAUCAUCAACGACAAUCACGACUACCUGCUGGAGUUCCUGGAGGGGCUGGCGGUCCCUGAACACAGCACCACCAUCCAGGACUGGGACACUGCAGGGAGAGUUUACCUGGACUACAUAAGAGUCAUAAAGACUCUGCAGGACAUCCAGCAGAUGGAAAACGCCGGCUACGAGCUGGAGCGUCUCUACAGCGAUGUCACGUCUCUCUGCAGCAGAAUCGAACUUCUGCCCUGCAGCACCGCCAGAGACCGCCUCGCCCAAUCAGAAAUGGCAAAGCGCGUGGCCAACAUCCUGCGCGUGGUGCUGAGCCUGCAGCAGGGCGACGCCGCGUCCGACUCCCUCAGCAUCCCACUCGCCCAGCUGGCGCCGCACAUCACCCGCCUGCCGAUGCCGGAGGACUACACGCUGGAGGAGCUGCGAGGCCUCACGCAGUCGUACCUGCGACAGCUCAUCGUCAGCCAGUGAGAGCGCAGGACGGCAGACAUGUUGUUACAUCAGUGAAGGUGUGAAAAGUUGUUUAGGUGUUGUAACUGAGCUGCUCAGACAUCAUGAAAUCCUGACGCAGAAACUUUUUCCAACAACAAAAAGGAGCAAAAAGAAAGAACUUGUAGUUUCUGAGUCUUCGACCGAUCGAACCUGCAGCUGCUUCACUUCGGUUCUGGACGUCGUCUGUUUGAAUGUUUGUAGAGAACGGGCACAAAGCUUCGACGUGUCAUUCCUCACUGUGUGUGUGUGUGUGUGUGUGUGUGUGUGUGUGUGUGUGUGUGUGUGUGGAUCCAGGGGAGCGUUUUAAAACAUGAUCAACAGUAAACGACACAGAGCGACUCAGAGAUCAGACCAGUGACGUUCUGUCAGUUUUAAAUCUCACAUCUCACUUUACUUCAGUUGUUUUAGAGCAGUGGUUCCCAAACUAAGGUUGGGGCCCCCGACAGGGUGCAUGGGGUCACAAGAUGAUUGACAGGAAAACAGAAAAAGUUUUGUUUCAACAAAUCUUUAUUUUUUCUGUUUUUUGAAUUCCUGGAUUAUUUUACCUCAAAAAAAUUAUUUAAAUAUAAAACGAGAGCGGUAAUCACUUUUCUGUAGAACCGGUUCUAACUGGUUAACUUGUUAACUCGUUGACUGGUUAACUUAUUAACCGGUUAACUGGUUAGCUGAGACAUUGUUUUGUUUAAAGGGUUCACAGGUGGAGAAGACUGAGAGUCACUGUUUCAGACAUUUGAAUCCACUGAUUCUGCUGCGUCUUGGAUUCUACUGGUUUCCAUUUAUUUCUGUUUGGUGUGGAAAGUCUUGAAACUUACUCAUUACAUUUAUGAAUAGAGCUGCAACUAAUGAUUGUUUUCUUUAUAGAUUAAUCUGUUGAUCAUUUUCCUGAUCAAUCGAUGACAUGUUUAAUCUAUAAAUGUUGAAAAGUGACAGGGACUUCUUCUCAAUUUACUGUCUUAUCAAACAGAAGCUUAAGCCAGAGAAUAUCAAGUAACUGAAACACUUAAUUGAUCAUCCAGUAUUAAUUUUCUGUUGAUUGAUUAAUCGAGAGCCACAUUUGAUUUUCACUUUGCAGAAAUGAAUAGAAACCAAUAGACGUCUGCAGCAGGAGAUAAAAACUGUCAGUGAAGACGUGAAGCAUCUAAAACGUAGAAACACGCUGGUCUGGCUCUUCUUUUGAAAUGAUCAGCUGAUCGCUUUAUUUGUUGGCGUUGAGGAAAACAUGGAGGUCGGAUUAAAAUUAGCUUCACACUCAUUUUUCAGUUGUUUAUUAUUUUUGAAAUGUUCCCCAAACACAUCUCCUCUCCAACAACUGAGAGCUCGUUAUGUUUUCAUUCGUAGAUUUGGUUUUAUUAUAAGUCAAUAAAAACAGCCGUUAGCUUAGCAUCUGUUCAUCUGUCAAUAUGUGAAUAAAGACGAUCUAUGGUAAUAUUAAAGAGCGGCGACGUUGUAUAAACGGGUUCGAUGUGCACAAAGACGACUCAGAGGAAAACUCAACAUGCAAAGUGUAAAAUGCCGAAUGGUCUAUUUUUGUAGAUUUCUUGUUUUUCUGUUUGGUUUGAAUGUAAAUCGAACGUGUGUGUAACCAGACUUAAACAACAACAAACAAACAAGUGGUUGUUUUUUUUUUUUGUUUGUUUUUUUAGUAGCACUUCAUCUGAGUUCUUGUUUUCUACAGUGAAGCGUUUCCUUCCAAACGAGUCGCCAACCAGAGAUUUCACUGCAUGUAAUUAUAUAAAUAUUGUAUAUUUUUGAAAAUCAAACAGGGAACAUCAGGUCAUUUUUAUCCUCCACCUUUAAUUCUUAAUAAAUUGGAUGCAUAAUGCUUUGGAAAGAAACCCUUCACUUAUUGAUCAGUUGAUUGAUUGGUCAUUUUGCUUUUGGUUGUCAGUUUGCCAAGAA